AUGAACUCCCCCAAAAGCCCCCCAAAAGACGAGGCGACCGCACAGACGACACGUAGAUGUCGGAUACUCGAGAUCUUGCACUACACGUGCCCUGCAGAACCUGAUGAAUAUGGCCGCCCGCGCUACAGCUGCUACCCCAUACCGCGCAUCUUCAACGUAUGCGAGGGCAUACCUGCCGUCGAGAUUACCAAAGCGGUCAGCAUCGAUCCUGGUACAGGAGAGGUGACUAUCCCUCCAGCAGCAGAGAAACGUAUACCGAAGGCCAAGCUCUGGCGGGACAUACGUCAGUACGCUUCCGCUGGUGGGAUUGCUGAGGUGACGGUUGCAGGAUCGAGUACAUCUUGA